CCUGUUGUUUCUUUGUAUUUCUGCAGGAUGAUGGUGUUUGGAGUGCUGACGCUAGUCCUGAGCUGGACUUCACUGGGAGCUGACCUGGCAACCGCUGUGGGCACAAGUGAUUUCUGCAUUUCCCCUGACAAAUACAUCAUGAGUAAAACAAAGGAUGUCAUCAGUGCUGAUAUUGUUCAUUACUAUCUGUACUGCAACCAGACUCUCUCCAACCCCUUCCAGCAGCCUCUGGCCAUCUUCCAGAGGUCUCUGACCACCAUGCAGAUCCAGAUCCAGGGUCUGUUGCAGUUUGCUGUACCACUGUUUCCUACGGCUGAGAGAGAUCUCCUGGGUAUACAACAUUUGCUCAACUCCUCGGAGGCCAGUCUGCACCAGCUGACUGCCCUGCUGGACUGCAGGGGGCUCAACAAGGACUACCUGGAUGCAAUGGUGGGGGUGUGCUAUGAUGGAGUGGAGGGUGUACUGUACCUCUGCCUGUUCUCCAUUCUGGCAGCCUGUGCCUUCACUGUCAUGCUGUGUGCCAUUCCCAGGGCAUGGAGACAAAUUGCCUGCAGGGAACAAGAUUACGAUGACAUGGAUGAGGAGGACCCGUUCAACCCACGGGCAAGGAGAUUAGGGUCUCAGAACCCCGACCACACCAACAUGCACAGCUUCUGCAGCUACAGCAGCAGCAUGGGCAGCCAGACCAGCCUGCACCCGCCCGCCCCUGUCUCCAAUGCCCCAAUGUCUGAGUACAUGAACCACACAGCUCUUUUCGGGGGAAAUCCACAGUAUGAGAAUGUGCCUCUGAUAGGACGAGGCUCUCCACCCCCAUCGUACUCUCCCACUAUGAGGGCCACCUGCCUGUCCAUGACCGAAGAACAGAGGAGACACUUUGGAAACGACUUCCAAGCAUAGACUUCCCUGUUUGCCCGAGGAGAGAAGCAGCAUCGCGCACCAUCUACAAGACAGCAACAUGCAGCUGAUAGAAGACUCACAUUGGAAACUGUGUGGCUUCAUGUUUGUCAGGACUCCAGCGUGUGGAGUCUAAUCAUAAUGGAACAAUAUCUGUAAUCUUCUCUCUGUUCUUUUAGCUCAUUCAUGACAUUUCUAUCCUUUCUUGGAGAACGUGCUAGACAUUUCCAAGAAGCGCUGUCAAACUUAACAAGCUCUUAAUCUGUUUUGUCCUUUGAUACCCUCACACGCUCUUUUAAACAUAUAAAAAUAACACAAAAAAAGUUGUUUCCCAAUAACGUAAAAAAGAAAGUUUAAAUUCAGUUGAGAUCUCUCUCUGCCUUUGAAAUGGAGAUGUGUACUAAUUUUGACAUCUUAUAUUUGAGUCUCCAAAGAUAAAAGAUGUGAACGCGAUAGCUCAUGCAUCGUUAUUUUCUAUGUAGUGUGCUUCAUGCGUGAUAUUUGUGAAGCACAGAGCCAGCACUGGCAGCACACAGCAGGAGUUUGCGGAGCAGUAUAAUUUAUUUGCAGUCUCACACACACACACACAAACACGCCUGCUAGUGAAGCUUUAGGAGUCCACAGAGACGAGACUACCUUGAGACCAUGGCUUCUGUAAAUAAGUUGUAAAAUAACAGAUUGUUGUCUUAUUCUGUUUUCUGUUUAAACUGUGUGCCAUUUUUAUAUACUUUUUCUAGUUCUGUCCAGCAAUACAUAGGACCACUAUUUUUUGUAUUUUCUAAUGGGCCAUUAAUUCAUACUCCCUGCAUAUCUAAUCCAACUAAUCCAAUAAAGUCGUCAUUCCUAUUGUGAUUCGGGAAGCUGUGCUGCUCUCUGAUUAAUGAAUUCAGGUAAUUACUUUCACCAUAGCAAACAAUCCAAACAAUACACGUUUGUACCAACUAAUGAUGACUUUCUUGUGGAUUGGAUAUAUGCCGUGUCAUUAAUACGUUUUGUGUGUUUGUUUCAGCAUGUUGCACUGUACAGGCACAGAGAGUGGUGCUUAAUUUUGUUUGUGUGUGUGUGUGUGUGUGUGUGUAUGUGUGUAUGUGUACGCAAACUUCAGGGUCUAAUCGUAAAUUGAAUAAACCAGCUUUGAGUACAA